GUCUAACACAACUCCAGUAAGACCAGUUCUCAUCGUGCCUCCCAAAUACUAAUAAAAGCCUCUUCUCACCUCUAUUCCUCUCAAUACAUCCACGGCGCCAUGUGGGUCGAGCCGGCAAUGAAAGACGUAGCAGCCGUGAAGCUGUUCCCUGCCAACACGCACAUCUUCCUCAUGUGCGAGGACGAACUGCGCCGUCGCAUGCGGGCCGUCCGCAGUGCCUUCGACGCCGCGGUGAAGGCAGCCGCCUCGGCUGCGGCCACCGUGCGCACACUCCACGCCUUUGCCGUCAAGGCGAACCCCCUCGAGGCCGUAGUGCGGAUUGCGAAGGAGGAGAGCUUUGCGGCGGAGACGGCGAGCAUUGGCGAGUUCCACAUCGCGGAGAAGGUCUACGGCGCUGGCGGCGCGGACAGGAUCGUGUUUGACUCCCCGGCCAAAACGUUAGAGGAGCUCGCCCACGCGCUGCCGCUGCCGUGCUACCUGAACGUGGACAACCUCGUUGAACUGGAGCGCAUCGUCGCGCUGUCCGAGGGCCGGGUCGCUGGCUUUCCCAAAAUCCCCGUCAAGGCAACCCUCGGCAUCCGCAUCAACCCGCAGACGGUGGUGCAGACGAAGAACACCGCGCUGGCCACGGGCGGGAAGAUCAGCAAGUUCGGCGUCAGCCUGCACGACGCGGACCACAAGGAGCGCAUCGUCGACGCCUUCGUCAAGUACCACGACUCCCUCAACCUCAAGAUGCUCCACGUGCACAGCGGGUCGCAGGGGCUGUCGCUGGACACCAUGGUGGCGGGUGUGAAGGCGAUUGUAGAGGAGCUCGCCGACGACCCGCGCAUCGCGUCGCUCGUCGAAGUGGUCGACAUCGGCGGCGGCUUCCCGGUGGACCUGGCCACCGACGACGAGACCGUCACGGUGCGUGACUACGUCGCAGCCCUCCAGCGCGAGGUGCCCACGCUCUUCGCACCAGCGCACUCGCGCCUCCUCAUCACCGAGUUUGGACGCGCCAUCUGCGCCAAGGCCGGCGUGCUGAUCUCGCGCGUCGAGUACGUGAAGCAGAGCGGUGGUCGGCAGAUUCUCCUGCAGCACAUCGGCGCUGACCUUGCGGUGCGCACCGUGUGGCAGCCAGAGAAGUGGCCGCUGCGCGUCUUCGUGUACGACAUGGACGGCCACCGUAAGCCAGGCGCGUCGGCGGAGGGGAGCGCGCUGCUGACGGACGUCGGGGGCCCGUGCUGCAACUCAGGCUGCACCAUCGCUCGCGCGGCGGACCUUCCCACAAACGUGAAGGCACUGGAAGACGUCGUGGUGGUGCACGACGUUGGUGGUUACUACCACAGCUCCUUCUGCCUCUACAACCUUCGUCAGCUUCCCGCGUGCUUCAUGUACCACGAAGGACAGGGCAACGACGCCCGCGGCACUCUGAAGCUGAUCAAGAAGAAGCAGACCGUGGAGGACACGAUGCGGCUCUUCGAAGCGGAUGCGUAG